AUAUCACAGUACUGUAUUAUCCAAAUAGCACAAUUUUGUGGCUCUCCUUCAUUUUUCUAACGGACACACAAACUCAACACUCCCAAUCUGCUCUUCUUCAUCUAAUAUUUCAUCAACAAGAAGAAGCAAAAACCUUCAUCAACCUCAGCCAUGAAUGACACAGUGGACAAGCUGGUCAUCUUCCUAGCUAAGAGAGACGGCAUUGACAAGCUUGUCAAGACCUUCCAGUAUGUCUCCAAGCUCGUUCACUGGCAAGCUGAGUCCGCGCGCCCCGACGUUGCACACAGAGCCAAGCAGUGGGAAGUUGCCUCGGGCCUUAGUCGCAAAGCCUUCCGGAGUGGCCGGUUUCUCACCGGCUUCAAUGCCGUCCGGCGAAACCCGGGCUCGACGCCCACUUUCCGGUUCCUAGCUGUUCUUGCUAAUGCAGGAGAGAUGGUGUACUUCUUCUUUGACCACUUUCUUUGGUUGUCCAGAAUUGGGGUCUUGGAUGCAAAGCUAGCUAGGAAAAUGAGCUUCAUAUCAGCAUUUGGUGAGGCUUUUGGCUACAUAUUUUUCAUUAUAUCUGAUUUUAUUGUCAUUAGGGAGGGGAGAGAGAGAGAGAGAAAGCUUGUGACUUCUAUGGAGAAAUCAGAGGACGCAAAGGAGGGUAUUAAGAAAAUCAGAGUUGAUAGAGUGAUGAGGUUGAUGGCAGUGGCGGCAAACGUAGCGGACUUGGUUAUCGCAGUCGCGGAUAUCGAACCCAACCCAUUCUGCAACCAUGCUGUCACACUUGGCAUCAGUGGGUUGGUCUCUGCAUGGGCUGGUUGGUAUAGAAAUUGGCCUUCAUGAACCAAUUCUAGCUAUUCAUGUUCACAUAAUUCUCACAGAAGUUUUAGAUUGUAUGUGUUGCAUAUGAAAAAGAUUAUGUGAAAUGAGUCGUGUAGUAUAUGCAGAGAUGAAGUGAUUUUUUUUUUUUUUUGGUUU